UAUGGCACCGUUUCUGACAGCCUAGUAUUUCUUCGCACUUAUACAAGUGCCUUGUCUUUAUGGAAGAAAAUACAUUAAUUUUAGUCGGUCUUCCCGGUGAUUUUGCUUCUGUGAAAUCGAAGUUGGAAUUAUAUUUCAGAAAUAAAAGAAAAUCUGGAGGUGAAAUUUCGGAAAUUAGAAAUGACCCCAAUGACAAGAGGAAGGCAUUGCUCAUUUACGUAGAGGAUGAAGCCGCAAAAAGUGUGUUGGAAAAAGGACCGCACAAGGUUGAUUUUGAGGCCUUGGGCGUGGUGGAACUUCAAGUGAAGCCACUACAAGAGGACGGCGUCGCAAAUGUGAAGAGAAUUAAACCAGUGCCGUUGCCCCGUCGUCCCCUUGAGAAAGAGGUUGGCUUUGGAAAAACUGCACCUAACAUAGGAGAAGCGAAUGUCCUGGCCAAGAAGGAUCAUGACCCGGAGGGUUGCUUGAUGUCCGUACAGCUAUACGAUGAGAGAAAGGCAGAGGAAAGGCUUGAUCCCCGUAGGUUCAUCCUGAGUGGCUUCAGUGAGGAUUGCAAGUGCAGCCACCUCUCCGUCUUCAUCAAGAGCUGCAGCAAAGGGGCUGAGCAUUCCUGGGAGAUCCUGAAUGACGGAGAGAGAAUUGCAGUUACCUUCAAACAGGAUAUAGAUGUUCAGGCAUUUUUGAAGAAAUGCUCCUCAAAAAGACUUCAGAACUUGGAUAUCUCUGCCAGUCGUCUGGAGUACACAGACACUGUGCUGGUGGAAGGAAAUAUGGAGAACAUCUCAGAUGAGGUGCUCAGGGCAUAUUUUUCCAGCAGAAGUAAAGGAGGGCAAGUCAAAUGCGUGAAUUUGGACAAUAAACCAAAGAGUGUGCUUAUAGAGUUUGAAGAUUUUCAUGUUGCAAACAGAGUGGCCGAAGAGAAACACAAUAUUUGUGGAGUCAGCCUGUGUGCUUUGUUGUACUACUCCAGCCUGCAGCAAGCCUUAAGAGGAGAGAAACCCAUUACACCACCCUCCUUGUUGCUACACCGACUGGCCCAUACAUGGGAGAGGAAGACUAAGCAAGCAGCUGAGGCACUGCUGGAGAAAUAUAGCACAGUCAUGUUGAUGUCAACUGAAGAGGUCUGGGAUAGAGUGAAGGACAAAUGCAUCAGUCUAAAUCUCAAAACUUCCAGAGUCACAUUUGAGAGCACUAAAAACUCUGUUGUGGUGGUGGGGCAACAGAACGAAGUGAAGAAGCUUCAAGGUGAAAUCCAACUCCUGUUGAACAAAGCAAAAGAAGAACUGGAUGUUGAAAAAAACACUGUGGUAAGGAAGAUUUCUGUAGAUACUAAGGAAGAACUGGAUUGCCACCGGAAACACAUAUACUCCAAUGCUGGGGAGUCAAAAGUGUUGGAGAAACAUCAAGAUGCUCUCAAGGCCAAGGCCAAGGACUUUGCCUGUAAGCUUUACCUGACUGUUGAGCAAGCCAGUCAGACAAGCUCUCACCUGUCGUGCACAUUUAAAAUAGGAUACUUCCUGACUUUAACCAUAGCCCAGGGUGAACUAUCCAAGCAAUCAGCUGAGGCUGUCAUUUGCCCAUUGAGUGGAAAUAUGUCAUUUGAUAAUCCGGUUGGCAAGGAAAUUGUACAGUUUGGGGGGCCUCAGAUUCUUUUGAAGAGACUUCCUUUCGCUGGGGACAUAGUUGAAGGUAACCCAGGAAAACUGUCUGCCAAGGCCCUCAUCUAUGCUGGGAUACCCACAUGGCAUAACACCAACAAAACUGAGUUCAGCAGAUUUUGUGAUACAAGGUUCUUGGCAUCAGCUGUCAAAAAGAGCCUCCAGAAUGCAGAGAGCAAGCACUGUGUCUCCAUGGUAAUGCCGGCUCUGGGGUGUGGUGCUUUCGGUUUCCCCAUCAGAAUAAGCUGUGAAGUCAUUGACAAGGAAAUCGCAGAGUUCUGCAACAGUCAUUGUGACACCCCUCCACACCUGAGGGAAAUAUUCAUUGUUGACUCUGAUGCCAAAACUGUAGAGGAAUUUCACACUGUCCUGAAGGAAAAGGGAUAUCAAAGUACAGAUUCAACAGAAACACAGUUAUCUGUUCCUCCUGCAAAUACAACAAAGCAAGCCACUCCUCCACCUCCUCGGUUACCUAAACCUGGAUCAGACUGUAUCGUGGAUAGUGGUGGCAUUACAAUAAUUCUGAAGAAAGGAGACAUUACCAAAGAGGUUGUGGAUGCCAUUGUGAAUUCCAGCAAUAACAGUCUGAAUCUAGACACUGGUGUCUCUGGAGCCAUUCUGAAAGCAGCAGGAAAAUCUGUUCAAGAUGAAUGCGCCAAACUGGGUACCCAAAACGAAGAUGGGGUGGUUGUCACAGGAGGAGGGAAUUUGAAAUGUAAGCACAUCAUUCAGAUGGUGGGGCCGACCACCACAGCUGGCAUCACCACCUCCACGGAGAGGGUCCUGCAGCUCUGUGAGAGCAAGAACACCACAGCCGUGUCCUUUCCAGCCAUCGGGACGGGAAGAGGCAACAUUCAGCCAGAACAGUCCAUCAAGGCCAUUCUCAAGGGGCUGCAGAACCAUUUGUCUCAGACCACUUCCACAACCAUCAAAUUCAUUUUCAUAGUAGCCUUUGAGCAGAAGGUUUUUGACUCCUUUUGCCAUUACCUUGAAGAGAGGAACCAGCAGUCUCUGCAGAGAAAGGAGGCAGUCACUGGGUUCCACUUGCCAAGUAUUCAGUCCAGGUCAAUGCAGCUCCCAGCCAAUCAAGUUGAGAUCCAUGGUAUCAGAAUAGAAGUGAAGAAAGGUGACAUCACCAAAGAAACUGUCAGAGGGAUCGUCAACACAACCAACAAUGAGCUGAACCUGAAAGCAGGAGUUUCAGGAGCUAUAUUCAGAGCAGCAGGACGCUUGGUUAAGAAGGAAUGCAAAAAAUUUGGGCCCCAGCAGGAUGAUGGCGUGGUGGUGACGAGUGGUGGGUCGCUACAGUGUGACUUCAUCAUUCACAUGGUGGGACCCCGCUCCUCAGCUGCUGCAACCUCACAGGUGGAGAAGGUUCUGGAACAGUGCGAGAAAAACAACAUAACCACCGUCUCCUUCCCUGCUAUUGGCACAGGUGGGGGAAAGCUGAGUGCUGUAGAUGUCAUUGAUGCCAUGCUUCUAGGAUUCCACAAUCAUUUAUCGCAGCAUAACUCCACUGUUCUCAAGCUGAUGUACAUUGUUGUCUAUGAAGACAAAAUCCUCCAGGACUUUCUGCAGGGGCUGAAGCAGUGGUCAAUACCUAAGCUGGAUACUUCUGGUGAAGAGGAAGAUGACAUGGAGUUGAGUACUACAUCUGAAUUGGACACUAAGGAUGAGGAUAUGGAUGAAGAUGACAAUGAAGGAAGCAUUGAAAUAAUCAUGGGACCAAUAAAAGUCAAAGCCCUCUGCGGUGACAUCACCCAGGAGACGACAGAUGUCAUUGUGAGCAGCACCAACACCAGCCUUGAUUUGAGCUCAGGUGUGUCUGGGGCCAUUCUCAAAGCAGCUGGACAGACAGUACUGGAUGAGUGCAGAGCUCUAGGGACACAACCUAAAGAUGGAGUAGUAAUAACCAAACCUGGCAAUCUGAAAUCCAAGCACAUCAUCCAUAUGGUCGGGCAGACUAAGGAGAGAGACAUCACCAAUUCCAUGUGCAAAGUUUUAGAAACUUGCGACCACAUCAAAGCCCAGACCGUCGCCUUCCCAGCACUGGGGACAGGAGCUGGAAAUUUGACUGCGUCUCAGGUGGCCAAUGCCAUGACUGAUGCCAUCAGUUACUUUAUAUUGGACAAGCCAAAAUCAUCCAUCACCGCGGUUAACAUCGUCAUAUUCCAGCCAAAGAUAAUAUCUGACUUUGGACAAGUCAUGAAGAAGUUCAAGAGAGUCACCCCCAUGCCUGGGGUGGCAGCGGAAAUAGCAGCUCAAAAUCCCCCAAACUCCAGCCCUUCCCGGAAAAACUCCAACCAGAGUCUGGAAAGCAUGACAGCAGACAUUACCUUCCCUGUGAUGGUGGCUGAAGUUUACGGAGCUUCUGUGGCAAACCUGGCCCAGGUGAAGAAGUGCCUCGAUGACCUGAUUUCAGAGGAGUGCACCAGCCAAGACGUGGUAGACAACUACCUCCACCUCCUUGCAGAAAAGGAUAAGCAAGAUAUUGUUGAAACAAGCCAGAGGCACCAGGUCCACAUCUCUAUGCUGCAAAACAGGCUGACGGUGUCGGGAAAGAGAGAGGAUGUCCUUUUUGUCGUCAUGCAGAUCAAAGAUUCUCUGCAAAGAGCCAGAGAGAGGGAAAGCCAGAAGCGGGAGGAGAGAAGGAUAUGGCAGACUGUCCGCUGGAUGUUGGGCAGGUCAGAUACCUGGAAGGGCCUGAAAAAACAAAUCAACUGUGAACUGGAGCUGGCUUUCCACAGAAAGGACAAGUUCUACACUUACCAGAACGAAAAGGGGAGGUUCAUGGUGGAUUUCGAGAAGAUGGAACAAAGAGACAGCGGAGGGCAGAUUAGCAGAAUCAAGAGGACCCCUCUGUCUGACUCUGAAACAGCUAUCAUUACAACGCCAGCUACAUGGACCAAGAUGGAUGGAAAAGAUCUGGACAUCAUUCUACUCUUAGAAAACUCUGAUGAAUUUCAGAAGAUUUCUGAAGGAUUUGUGCAAUCCUGUCAAGUUUUUGCACAGAACAACAGUAAAAAGAUUGAAGUGGUCCAGAUCCAGAGAAUCCAGCACCAGGAGCAGUGGAGGAAGUAUGCAGUAAGCAAACAGGCAUUGGAUAAAAAAUAUCAAAAAAGUGAUAACGAGCAGUUGCUCUACCAUGGAACAACCAAGGACAUCUGCCAGAAGAUCAACAAGAACGGUUUCAACCGCAGCUUCUGUGGCAGAAAUGCUACAAUCUAUGGAAGUGGAACUUACUUUGCCAAAGAGGCGUACUACUCGUGCCAUGACCAGUACUCCACCCCCGAUGGGAACGGUCACAAGUACAUCUACAGAGCCCGCGUCCUCACUGGCAAGCCCUGCCUCGGACUGCAGGGCAUGAAGGCGCCGUCUCCUGUGGACCCCAACAAUCUCCAGACGGGCCUGCAUGACUGUGCAGUGGACAAACUCCAGAACCCCUUCAUCUUUGUCAUUUUCUAUGACUCGGGCGCCUACCCUGAAUACCUCAUCACAUUCAAGACAGUGUGAUGGGGUGGGGGGGGCAUCUACUUGGCCACCAAUUAAGAAUCAUUAAAGGCCCACGUGCAUCAGCUUUCUUUUUAAGUCCCUAACCCUGCCCUCAGAGUGCCCCAGACCCCAUGGGUCAGCUCUCUGUGUUAACAUUUAGCAACAUGAUCAAAUAAUGCAA